CAAUUGUAUGGGCACCUCUAACUGACGGAGGACGACAACAUGGCGGUCUCCUUGCGCCUGGGUCGUCAGGGAAUUUUGUUUGGACUUAGGUUGUCUAACUUAAACAAGUUUUUGUGGCCCACGCAGCCUUGCCAGGAUCGUAUCAGACAGUUCUUUAAGUCACCAUGGGUACUGGGGGUCAGCCCACUCAAAGUACAAAUGCCAGCCCUCUCCCCUACCAUGGAGGAAGGAAACAUAGUCAAAUGGCUAAAGAAGGAAGGGGAGGCAGUGGCAGCAGGUGAUGCCCUUUGCGAGAUUGAGACUGACAAAGCUGUGGUGACCAUGGAGUCUAAUGAUGAUGGUGUCUUGGCAAAGAUCCUGAUGGAGGAGGGUAGUCGAAAUGUACGCCUUGGCACUCUAAUCGCCCUGAUGGUGGAGGAAGGGCAGGACUGGAAACAGGUUGAGCUCCCCGCUCCAGAUGCUGCAGCUCCACCUGCUACACAUGAAGCCAGUGUCUCAGCAGUUCCCUCUGCUGCACAGCCUUCAUCUCCUCCACCAAAAUUAGUCACAUCAGGGCCAUUACGCCUGAGUCCAGCAGCAAGACACAUUCUGGAUACCCAUGGUCUUGACCCAAAAUUGGCCACACCAACUGGACCGAGAGGACUCAUUACUAAGGAAGAUGCAUUAAAUCUUUUAAAGAUGUCCCCUGCCCCGAAAACAGCACCAACUACAGUCAAGCCAACUGCCCCAAGUCCUGUCCGGAGUCCUGCCCCCACCCCAGUAGCUGCUCCUCCACCUCCAGGCAGCAGACCCAACAUACCACCUCUGUCUGUACCAGGAAAACCAGGAGCACCAGGAACUUUUACAGAGAUCCCAGCCUCAAAUGUCCGACGUGUCAUUGCUCAAAGACUGACCCAGUCCAAGACCACCAUCCCUCAUUCAUACGCUUCCAUUGACUGUGACAUGGCUGCUGUCAUGAAGCUCCGCAAAGAUCUGGCUAAAGAACAGAUCAAAGUGUCCCUUAAUGAUUUUAUUAUUAAAGCAGCUGCUGUUGCACUUAAAGAAAUGCCUGAAGUGAAUGUGACUUGGUCUGGUGAUGGACCUCACGCUCUUGAUUCAAUUCAUAUCUCAAUCGCCGUGGCAACUGACAGAGGCCUCAUCACUCCAAUCAUCAAGGAUGCUGCAACCAAAGGAGUGCAGGAGAUCUCAGCUAAUGCAAAGGCUCUAGCUCAGAAAGCUCGAGAUGGAAAACUUCUGCCUGAGGAAUACCAGGGCGGCUCAUUUAGUAUAUCUAACCUGGGGAUGUUCGGGAUCAGUGGCUUCAGUGCUGUCAUCAACCCUCCUCAGGCAUGUAUCCUUGCUGUCGGAACCUCCAGAAGUGAGCUGCGGCUGAGCGACGAUGACCAGACCCUGCGCACUCAGCAGCUGAUGACAGUUACGUUGUCCAGUGAUGGACGGCUAGUGGAUGAUGAAUUGGCUUCUCGGUUUCUUGAUAAAUUCCGUGCCAACCUAGAACAACCGCAGCGCAUGACCCUCGCCUGAAAAUGAAAAACGUCUAAAUGCAGUUAUGGAAGUGGCUAAACGACAAAGCCUGGCUCGUGUUUUUUUCCUAGCAGAGAGCUGCUAAAUAGCUGGAUACUAUUCUAUGUUCGUGUAAGUUGUUAAGGUUAGGCUGUACAUAAUAUAAGUUAAGUUUGUGGCUUCUUUCUGACUGAUUAUCACCAGGCUUUGUGGUGGAGCUGAAGUGGACUUCUGGUAAACUAUUAGAGCAUCCUGACAGGGAGUCCAGAUGUUACCAAGACAGACGUUUGUCCCAAAUACUGUAAAAUCUGUGGUCUGUGUACCACACUUGCAGUGUAUAUAAAGUGUCUAUUUUACAUUUCCACCAUAGCAACGCUGUGUCACUGGUAAAAACAUGGAGUUGGUAAAAACUUGUGUACAUUAUCCAAAUAUUUAUUACUGAACAAAACCCCAUCCAUAACAGUUAAAUCCACAUGAUACCUGCUAAAUUUAAGAAUUUGUCAUUGUAAUUUAUUUUAAACUGACACCACUUAAAACAAGCCUUCAAGUCUUUAUGUAAACAAAAUAAAUUCAGGUUUUCUUGCCUUUAGAUGCCAAUAAAAUGCACUGUUCAACCUUUA